GCGAUAAGCUGCGUUUGCCGGUAAUUCAUUUUGUUCCGGAGACGGUGUGGUAACGUUUAAUUAUAAGCUGAUAUAAUUUGAUUCCCAAUUUUCUAGUGUUUAAUUAGUUGUAAUUCUUAAGACAGUCAAUCUAUAUGCAGUAUGGAUUUAAUAAGCAUUUUAGAAAAGACUGUGUCACCAGAUAAAGGGGAAUUAGAAGCAGCUCAAAGUUAUUUAGAGCAAGCGGCACAGAAUAACCUUCCGGAAUUUCUGAAAUCACUAUCAGAUGUUCUUCAACAUGCAAGCAAUACACCUGUGGCUAGAAUGGCUGCAGGACUGCAGCUUAAAAAUACACUUACAUCUAAAGAUCCUGAACUGCGAGUGAAAUAUCAAGAAAGAUGGUUACAGUUCCCAGCAGAUAUUAGGAACUAUAUAAAAGCCAAUGUUUUAUCUGCAUUAGGAACCGAAACAUUUAGACCUAGUUCUGCUGCUCAGUGCGUGGCAUACAUAGCAGUUGCUGAAUUACCUCGUGGAGAAUGGCCUGAUCUUAUUGUGAUGCUCACUCAAAAUGUAACAAAUGCUGCAAGUACUGAAAUGACAAAAGAAGCCACAUUAGAAGCAAUAGGUUAUAUAUGUCAGGAUAUUGAACCUGAAGUAUUAGUUUCCCAGUCAAAUGAUAUUCUUACUGCCAUAGUCCAUGGAAUCCGUAAAGAUGAACCUAGUGAUCAUGUCAAGCUUGCAGCUACAAAUGCAUUAUUAAAUUCUCUAGAAUUUACGAAAGCAAAUUUUGAAAAAGAGUCGGAACGCCAUUUUAUAAUGCAAGUUGUCUGUGAAGCAACUCAGUCCACUGAUACAAAAGUUAGAGUUGCUGCACUCCAAUGCUUAGUGAAAAUCAUGUCAUUAUAUUAUCAGUACAUGGAAACAUAUAUGGGACCUGCUUUAUUUGCUAUUACAAUGGAAGCUAUGAAAAGUGAUAUUGAUGAAGUAGCUCUUCAGGGAAUUGAAUUUUGGUCUAACGUCUGUGAUGAAGAAGUAGAUUUAGAUAUUGAGGCUACUGAAGCUGCUGAACAAGGAAGACCCCCUGCCAGAACAUCUCGCUUUUAUGCCAAGGGUGCCCUACAAUAUUUAGUGCCAAUUCUUAUGCAGACCUUAACAAAACAAGAAGAACAUGAUGAUGAAGAUGAUUGGAUUCCUUGUAAAGCAGCAGGUGUCUGUCUUAUGCUUAUGGCUGCAUGCUGCGAAGAUGACAUUGUUCCACACGUACUGCCCUUUGUUAAAAAUAACAUCAAGCACCAUGAUUGGAGGUAUCGGGAUGCAGCUGUUAUGGCAUUUGGUUGCAUUUUGGAAGGCCCUGAUCCAAGCAAUUUGAAGCCUGUUGUUGAACAAGCCAUGCCUAUGCUAAUUGAAUUAAUGUCAGAUGAGAGUGUCGUUGUAAGAGACACUGUGGCUUGGACUAUUGGAAGAGUGUGUGAACUUAAUCCUGAAGCAGCAGUAAAUGAAAGUUACUUAAAGCCUCUUCUAGAAGCUUUGGUGAAAGGUCUGGCUGCAGAACCACGUGUUGCAUCCAAUGUUUGUUGGGCAUUCAGUAGUCUUGCUGAAGCUGCUUUUGAAGCUGCAGAAGUAACUGAUGAAAACCAGGAGCCAAAUACAUACUGUUUAUCUGAAUGUUUUGAGGUUAUUGUAGGCAAAUUAUUAGAAACGACUGAAAGGCCGGAUGGAAAUCAAGCUAAUUUAAGGAAUGCUGCGUAUGAGGCACUGAUGGAAUUAGUAAAAAAUAGUCCAAAAGAUUGUUAUGUAUGGGUUCAAAAGACGACUAUGAUAAUAUUAGAACGUCUAAAUCACGUUCUUGCUCUAGAAGGCCAUAUUCAAAGUACAUCAGAUAGAGCACAAUAUAAUGAUUUACAGUCAUUACUUUGUGCAACAUUACAGAGUGUCUUAAGGAAGAUGACUCCUGAGGAUGCUCCUAAAAUUUCAGAUGCUAUAAUGGCAGCAUUGUUACAGAUGUUUAGCUCUAGUAGUGGUAAAUCUGGUGGAGUGCAAGAAGAUGCAUUAAUGGCUGUUUCCAUGCUUGUUGAAGUUUUAGGUGAUCAGUUUUUGAAGUACAUGGAUGCAUUCUCACCUUAUCUUGCUUUGGGUUUAAAAAACCAUGCAGAAUAUCAGGUUUGUAGUGCGGCAGUUGGUUUAACUGGAGAUAUUUGUCGAGCACUUUCUUUAAAAGUUCUUCCUUAUUGUGAUGAUAUCAUGACAUUGUUAAUGGAAAAUCUAUCGAAUGCUGGUGUUCAUAGAUCUGUUAAACCUCAAAUUCUCUCAGUAUUUGGAGAUAUUGCACUUGCGAUAGGUCCUCAUUUUAGGAAAUAUUUAGAUAUUGUAAUUCAAACUUUACUCCAAGCAUCUCAGACUCAAGCUGAAAAGAAUGACUAUGACAUGAUUGAUUAUGUAAAUGAAUUACGUGAAGGGUGCCUUGAAGCUUAUACUGGUAUUAUUCAAGGUCUGAAGGGUGAUCAAUCUACACCUAGCUCUGAAGUUAAUGUAGUUCAACCCCACGUUCCCUAUAUAGUGCAGUUUAUAACACAUAUAGCCCAAGAUCCUGAUCACUCGGAUGGCACUUUAGCUGCAAGUGCAGGUGUUAUAGGAGAUCUAUGUCUUGCAUUUGGUCAAAGUAUGCUACCACUUCUAGAUAAUGAAAUAAUAAAUGAUCUGUUAACUAAAGGUAGACGUUCAAAAACUUCCAAAACUAAAACUUUAGCAACUUGGGCUACUAAGGAAAUACGGAGGCUAAAGAGUGCUGCUUCGUGAUUUGGUGGUGACAGUACAGUAGUCUGUAUUGACUCUGUGAGCUGUCAUGUUCAAAUUUUCCUGUCAUGGCUGUCACAAGAGAGCGUUAACAAGAAGCCAAACGCCAUUAUAGUGUUUGACAAGAGAGAGAGCGCGUGAGAGUGUGCGUGUGUGCUCCAUCUUUCACACCAGUAUGAUUCGUCAGUCUCUUUCCGUAACUUCCAAGCCUGCCAAGCUUCUUCAUCCAUAGCCAGCAACAGUUCUAUUGGAGAUUCCUUAUUCAAGCAGCAAACAAAGUAUUCACCUCUAAGGAAAAAAUAAGUCAGCUGUUUGGACAGUCUCUCGAGGGCUCGCUCAACAGAAGUGUAUAUAUUGACCUUCACCGGGCCUUGUCGACAUUUUAAAACUUUCCUCCUGUUUGGGAGCAAGACUGCAUCUGUGAUGUGCAAUUGCGGUUGUUCAACUUUGCAACUGAUUAACUUUUCUUUCGGAAUUUUGAAAUGAAAAAUAUACAACUGGAAAAGAGUUGUACUUUUGGGAAGUGCCUUCUGUCUGAGGUGCGUUUGACUGUGUGGUCCAAACCUCAAACCCUUGCGGGCAAAUUAAAUUUUGUCGCCGACAAACUUUUCGGAGAGUAUCCUUGCCGUUAUCAACAAAUGCUGAUUGAAUAGGAUUUUUGCUGUUAAAGAACAAGGGUAACUAAGAUGCUGUAUUUUUAAAAGUUGAAAAUAAUAAACUUUAAAUCAGUGAGUAUUUCACAGUGUAUUAUAUCAGAUAUUUAUUUUUUGGCAGCUUAUUUUCAUGAAGUAAUACUUGUUCCUGCUUUUUAUAUAGUUUUUAAGAACAUGUAUAUUGUUUAGAUUAAAAAUUUUUAAACAAUGUAGCAUAUUUUCCAACUGAUGGCAUCAAGCUGGCCUAAUAAGUAGUUACCCUUGUUUUUAAGCAAUUGCUGGGAUCACCCUAAGUUGUGAAUAAUUACUGUACAAAAACAAUCGUAAUUGUUCUUCAGAUUAUUUAGGAAUCAUCUAAGUUGUCUUAAUAUGCAUUAUAUUUCAUUAUCGCGUGUAUUGGGACAGCCAAAAUUAUCAUAGUCAUUUGUUCCCAAUAUUUUAUUGCUGUGAUCUUAAAAAUAACUGAACAUUUUCAUCCUGUUUUCAGUUGGUGUGAAUAUUAAUUUUCUAAAACAUAUCUAAGAAUAUGCUUUUGUUAUAUUUUUGUAGUAUUCUCAGGCAAAUCUAAUCAUUCAUGUGUGAGUGGUGUGUAUGUAACAAAUGUUUUUUUUUCCACUUCCUUAUUCCAUAUUCUGAUAUAUGACCAAUAAAAUUAGCUCAAUCAGUU